AUGGGGCACGCCAUGAACAAGAUCCUCAAGGACAUCAUUAACAAGUUCAGGACGUACCAGGGCUACAAGUGCAAGUUCAUUCCUGGUUGGGACUGCCACGGAUUGCCCAUAGAGCUCAAGGUACUUCAGUCGCUGAAGCCCAAGGAGCGGAGAGGGCUGACGCCGCUGAAGUUGCGGGAGGUGGCGGCCAAGUUUGCGCUGGAGACGGUCCAGGAGCAGAGGAAGUCGUUCGAGCGCUACGGCGUCUGGGGGGACUUCGAUGAACCCUACCUGACGUUGCUGCCCAAGUACGAAGCCGCGCAACUGGGAGUCUUCGAGGAGAUGGUGCGAGGCGGCCACAUCUACCGCGGCUUCAAGCCCGUGUACUGGUCCCCCUCCACGCGAACCGCGCUGGCGGAGUCGGAGCUCGAGUACCCCGAGGACCACACGUCGCAGUCCAUCUACGCGUGCUUCCGGUGCGUCAGCGCGCCGGCGGCGUUCGAGGAGAAGGUGUCUCCCGCGGGGCUGGCGGUCGCGGUGUGGACGACCACGCCGUGGACGAUCCCCGCCAACCGCGCCGUGGCGGUCAACCCGGAGCUGGACUACGCCGUGGUGGGCGCCACCACUCCAGACGGCGAUAAGCUGCGGCUCGUCGUGGCCAGCGGCUUAGUAGAGGCGCUGCAGGAGAAGCUCAAGCUGGAGCUGGCGGUGGAGGCGACCUUCAAGGGCAGCCUUCUGGAGGGCCUGAUGUACGAGCACCCCAUCACCGGGGUGGAGACUCCAGUGGUCAUCGGCGGAGACUACAUCACCACCGAGUCUGGCACCGGUCUCGUCCACACGGCCCCUGGGCACGGCCAGGACGACUACCAGGUGGGCCUCAAGUACGGUCUGGAGGUGGCGGCGCCAGUGGACAACGCGGGCAACUUCACCGAGGAGGUGGGGCUCGCGAGCCUGGUCGGCGCGAACGUCCUGAAGGACGCGAACGACAGGGUGAUCGAGGUGCUGCAGGGCGCGAAGCUGCUGCUGCUGGAGAGCCCCUACAAGCACAAGUACCCGUACGACUGGCGGAGCAAGAAGCCGGUGAUCACGCGCGCCACCCCGCAGUGGUUCGCCAGCAUCGACGGCAUGAGGGAGGACUGCCUCAAGGCGGUCGACGAGGUGCAGUUCAUCCCUGCAUCUUACUCGAAACGCAUAAGACCAAUGCUGAUCGGACGCAGCGAUUGGUGCAUCUCUCGGCAGCGCUCGUGGGGCGUACCUAUCCCGGUGUUCUACCACAAGGACACGGACGAGCCCCUCAUGACGGCCGAGACGGUGGCUCACGUGAGAGGCAUCGUGGCCGAAAAGGGCACCAACGCCUGGUUCGAGAUGGACGAAGUGGACCUCCUGCCCGAUGAGUACAAGGCUGUGGCCGACCAGUACGUCAAGGGCACCGACACGAUGGACGUCUGGUUCGACUCGGGCUCGUCUUGGGCCGCCGUCAGGGAGGACCUGGGGUCGCCAGACCAGCUGGACCUCCGACCUCUACCUCGAGGGGUCCGAUCAGCACCGUGGCUGGUUCCAGUCGUCCCUGAUCACCUCCGUGGCGUGCCGCGGCAAGGCGCCCUACAAGCGGGUCAUCACGCACGGCUUCUGCCUGGACGGGCAGGGCAGGAAGAUGAGCAAGUCCAUAGGGAACGUGGUGGACCCGUACGACAUCAUCAACGGGGGCCAGAACCAGAAGAAGGAUCCGCCGCUCGGGGCGGACGUGCUGCGCUACUGGGUGGCCGGGACCGGACUGAUUACUCCAAUGACGUGGCCAUCAGCGGCGAGAUCCUGACCGGCGUGGCGACGAACUACCGGAAACUCCGCAAUCGUUUCCGUUUUCUGCUAGGCAACAUCAGCGACUUCGACCCCGCGGAGCACGGGGUGGGAUUCGGGGACAUGCCCCUAAUCGACCAGUACCAGAUCCUGGAGGCGGAGAGGACGUUCCAGGACAUGUCGGAGGCGUACGACACUUAUGCCUUCGGCCGAGCCAACAAGUCCAUGCUGGAUCUGUUGCAGAACCUGUCCUCCCUGUAUCUAACGAUUGCAAAAGACCGCUUGUACAUUGAUGCGAAGGACAGCCUGAGCCGCCGGAGUUGCCAGACGGUGCUCCACUGGCUGGUGAAGAACAUGGCGCGUGCAACGUCUCCGGUUCUGUGCCACCUGGCCGAGGACGUCUGGCAGAAUCUCCCGCACGCCGGCGAUGCGAAAAGCGUCUUCCUGUCGGGCUGGUGCGAGCCCUUCCCGCGCGAAGGCGAUCCCGAGGCCGGCUCGCUGGAGGACUUGCGGCAGGAGACCGUGCUCCGGCUGAGAGAUCCUGUCAAUGCGGCGUUGGAGGAGGCCAGGAAGUCCAAUCUGAUGAAGGACUCUCUGGAGGUCAAGGCCUCCAUAUUCGUCCCGGCCGACUCCCAGCUGCGCCAGCACCUGAAGGGCCUGGACGCCUCUCGGCACCCGACGACAGAUUACCUGCGGGACCCGGAACUCAUGGGCCUGUCCGCGGUCGAGGUCGUCGAGGGCGCCCCGGAGGGCGCCGAGGGCACCGCCUCUGCGACGAGCGAGGAGAGCUCGGUGUCGCGGUGA